AUGGCGCUUGCUACGCUGUAUUCCCAAGCGGCGGCGACGGUGCCUUAUAUGCCGAAGUGCCAUGGGCUUAUCAUUGAUCAUAGAGCGCGACCGGAGAGCACUGAGGAGGCGGAAUGGGUUGCGCAGCAGUUGCGUUGGAAGUUGGGCAUGGAGGCCUCCAUAAUUCCCCUCACCUGGCCAGAAGAGCACCAUCCUGCCGAACGAUUCGAGACCGAAGCCCGCAAGCUCAGAUACCAAGCGCUCGGACAAGCGUGCAAGGAGAAGAGGAUCAAGUUGCUGAUGUUGGGACAUCAUGCGGACGAUCAGGCGGAGACUAUCAUGAUGCGACUCAUGAACAUGCGGUUGAGGUCGGGACUGCGAGGUAUGCAGGGCGUGGAGUGGAUACCUGAAUGCUAUGGCAUGUAUGGGGCAUACCACAGCGGUGGUCUACACGCUGAGAAUACGAAGGCACCAGAUGUUCCGAAUCUGCCAUACCCCGUGGAAAAGGGAGGCAUACAGAUUGUGCGGCCAUUGCUAGGAUUCGAGAAGAGCCGCCUUAUAGCAACAUGCGAAGAGCACGGCACGGCGUGGGCUGAGGAUAAGACGAACCAGAACCGGACCCUCACAUCGCGCAACGCCAUCCGGCACAUAUUCAAGAACCACCAGCUUCCAGCCGCACUCACUAUAAAGUCCCUUAUGAAGGUUUCCCAGCGUAUGCAAGCCCGGCUCGAAUCGCACAAGAGAGAGGCAUAUAAACUUAUUGACAAUUGUCCGAUGAAACUCGAUAUUCAAACGGGCGCUCUCAUUGUGCGAUUCCCACCUACCGAAGCUCUCCUCGGCCACCCCAUCGUCACCGACUCUGAUAAGUACCACGCGCGAAACACCGCGUACUUUCUGCUCGAACGCUUCGCCGAGCUUGUCACUCCACGAGAGCGAGCGCCGAGAAGCCAGCUAGCCAACGCCGUCCUCCAAAUAUACCCCUCGCUAUUGAGCGAAGACGAGACUGAAUUAGGAAUCGAUCCCACCAGAUCCGGCAUCAGCAAGAACAAUUUCUGCGUCUUCGGCGUCUGGUGGCGCCCGUGGAGUCAGCCGUCCCCUUUCGACGGCCUGACAUCGCAGCCGCAUUCCCAGGACUGGCUCCUCUCCCGGCAACCGCUAGAUCCACACGAGAAGGACAGCCCGGAAGCAAACAUCGCCUUCCCGCCCACUGGCGGGCCGUUAUCGCUCACCAACACGCCCGCAGGAGGGGAUUGGCACCUCUUCGACGGCCGCUUUUGGAUCCGCGUGGAUAACCGCACAAAGUGCGAGAUCAUCCUUCGCACUCUCAACGACUCUGAACUGCACGUGCUCGCACACAACAAACCUCCUGGUCGGAAAUUUACCGUGCAGGAGAUAUCCCUCGUCGCCAGCAGCCGCUACCACAGGGCUGCGCUUGCACUCAUCAACCCGACUGAACUGCGUCGCCAUCUCCCAGCGCUCUUCCUCAAGGCCGAUUCCGGCGAGGAAAUUCUUCUCGCUCUGCCGACGCUUGGCUCACGCUCUACUAAUCUCGACCCCUCUCUCCUUCCACGCGCCUGCUCAUGGGAGGUCCGCUACAAAAAGUGUAACUUUGGGCGCCGCUCCGUUGAGGACAUCGUCGUCCCUGGUAUCCGCAACGUGCACAUAGAAGCAGAAGAACAGCGCUAUCGCAGAGAAGCAGGAGGAAUAAAACGACUAAAGCUGAGAACGGAUGCCCUGGCUGGGGACGAGGGUAUGCGCGAUGCGUUUCCCGGGUUCAAGAACGCAGAGAAGGAGGUAAGACUAACGAGGGAGGGAAGACCGCGCAGGGAGAAGAAGCGCGGGCCGUUGGAAAUGAGUGAGAGCGAGAGGGAGGGAUUGGCGACGUUCUUGGAGGAGGAUUUGCAAAUACGGAAGCGAGAGAGUUAUAAGCUCUUUGAGGAACCGAAGAAGGAGGGGAGUCGGAGGAUAAGUUGGGCGGACUUUGAGAGUAGAGUGUAA